UGAAAAAUAUCUGAACGGAGGGAUCAAGAUGACUCUUCUCCUUUUGCUCGCAUCCUUGUGCAUAGGCAGCGUUCUCGCUGUACCAACCGUCAGAGAUGACGAACCAGAGGAAAACUACAAGCUGGAUCAAGCUUUUAAAUUAACCAGUUACGACUUAGCACUCACCGUUCCCAAAGAAGCCUUCACAGACAAAGGCACUGAAUAUACCGGAAAAGUUACAAUUAUAUUUUCUUUCACCGAAAUAAAAGAAUACAUCACGCUACAUGCUCACUCAGAUUUUAUAGGCAUAACGAAUGUGAACUUCAAUAAUUAUGAUCUAGAGGAUGAAGACUACAGCCUUGACAAUGUUACUAAUAUUUUAAAAGUAAAAGCUGUCAAUGGGGUCUCAAUUGACAGAAGUUACCAACUCAUCAUAGAAUUUACCGGUCGGCUUAGUACUGAGGACAUGUAUGGGUUCUACAAGAGCACAUACGUUGAUGGAGAGGAGACUAAGUAUCUGGUUACCACCCAGUUCGAGCCCACCCAUGCCAGGAAAGCUUUCCCGUGCUUCGAUGAACCAAGUUUUAAGGCUACAUUUACUUUGUCCAUUACUUACCCUAGUACUCAAAAUGCACUAUUUAAUACAAAAGAACUUGAUACCACUACUGACAAAGAUGCUGGAACAAAAACGACUAAUUUCGCGGCAACUCCUGUCAUGUCAACUUAUCUAGUGGCGUUCAUCGUAUCAGAAUUCACUUGCACCUCUGGUGAUCCUGUUGACGGUGCGGUAUUCCAAGUAUGUUCAAGAGACGAACUCGCCGAUACAAGAAAACGUGCUGCUGAAGUUGGAUCAAAAGUGAUUGAAAAACUCAAUGAAUAUACUGGCAUCAGUUACAGCAAAAGCAUGGAGAAGAUGGACCAGGUGGCUAUUCCAGAUUUUUCCGCAGGUGCGAUGGAAAACUGGGGGUUGGUAACGUACAGGGAAGCAUCACUCCUUUGGGACGAAAAGGAAUCUUCGAACAGGUACAACCAGAGGGUAACAACUGUAAUAGCUCACGAAUUCGCUCAUCUGUGGUUUGGAGACUUAGUAACUUGUAACUGGUGGUCCGAAAUCUUCUUGAAUGAAGGAUUUGCUACCUACUUCGAAUACCACAUAGCUAAUGAGGUUACUUCGAAGUGGGAACUAGACAAACAGUUCCUCAUUGAGCAAGUCCAUAGCGCACUUGUCGCUGACGCUUUGACCAACAGCCAGGCUCUUCAGUCAGAGGUCACCACCCCAACUGAAAUUUCUGAUAAAUUCGGAACGAUAUCAUACAAUAAAGGUGGCAGUGUCCUAAGGAUGGUAGCAAAUUUCUUAGGAUUGGACAAAUUCAAAGAAGGACUUCAAAAAUACUUAACAGCGUACUCCUACAAAACUGCUGAACCAGAGGACCUUUGGAAUUCUCUAGACGGUAUCUCUGAUAUCAAACUUCCUGCUGAUAAGUUGACCGAAGUCAUGGAGAACUGGGUCAAAAAUCCUGGAUUUCCAUUGGUUACUGUAAAGUUAAAUGAAGACAAAAUAAAUUUAAGUCAGGAAAGGUUCCUGUUAUCCGGUACCGAUGCUAAAUCCAAAUGGUACGUGCCAAUUACUGUCACUUCAUCCCAGGACAAGAAUAAAUUCGAAACAACCACUGCAACAACUUGGUUAACUCCUACAGAUGAUGUGUCUGUCGCUAUUUCAAAUACUACUUCUUGGGUGGUUGUGAAUAACCAGCAAACAGGAUACUACCGCGUGAACUAUGACGACACUCUGUGGAACAGAAUCAAAGCAGCUUUAGACAGCGAAGAAUUUGGAGGAAUUGUCGAGUUGAACAGGGCGCAAAUAAUAGACGAUCUCUUCAAUUUGGCCAGAACUAACAAAACUCAGUACACGCUCGCUUUAAAUAUCGCUUCCUACCUCAGCAAUGAGACAUCGUAUUAUCCCUGGUACGCCGCUUUCAACGGAUACGACUUCCUUUUGAGGAGAGUUGGAGACAGCAAAUUAGGAAAAGCAAUUUCGAGCAAUCUUUUGGAUCAGUUGAGUGAAUUGUACAAAUCCGUACCAUUCUCCAAAGUAAAUGCUGAUGAUCAAAUAUAUACCCACAAGCAAGUCCUUGCUCUAACAUGGGCUUGCAAGUUGGGUAAUCAAGACUGCGUUGAACAAUCUACAAUGCUGUUCCAGGAAUAUAAGGGAAAUGGUACAAUGAGACCCGACAGAAACUUAAGGAGUAUCGUUUACUGCAACGGGCUGAGGUACAGCGAAAACAAAACUGACUGGAAAUUUUUGUGGGACGCUUAUCUUGACGCAGGCGAUCUUGCUACAGAGCAAGUUACCAUUCUCGCUGCAUUGGGAUGCACCAAAGAUACGGAAUUGCUGAAAGAAUACCUUGAAAAAACUAUCACCGAUGACUCUGGAAUACGGUCUCAAGAUGCUUCAGCAGCGUUCUCCUCGGUAUAUUCCAAUAACCCUGAAGGAAUAGCUGUCGCUUAUGACUUUUUGAAAAACAAAUAUGAAGAAAUAGCCGAAAAGUACCAAAGUAUGAAUUCCCUUGGAAAUCUCAUCAAAGGUAUAGCUGAAAGGUUUACAACGGAAAAAGAAGUAAAUGAUUUAAAUGAUUUCGUCGGUAAGGAAGGGUUACCAGAAGCGUUCAAGAGCGCAGCCAAGGAAGCUGUGGAAACAGCCAAAGCGAACUUAGAGUGGAAGAAAAAAUUCGAAGAGGAUCUUACCGAUUUUUACACCACUUCCACUGAUGCAGCUUCUGGCAUUCAUGCUUCGUUCGCAGUCACUCUAGUGGCUAUAGUUAUAAGCAAACUAUUUUUCUUGUGAUGUGAUAACUGUUAUUUUAACAACCGAAUAUAAAAUGUGUCACAGCAUGAGUCAUAAGUUAGCUUUAAAGUAAGGAAAAUGACAAAACAUCCGCAACAGUUCAGUAAAAAUUAAUUAUGUUUGUAAAAUAACCAAUUUUAAAUGUUUUGUAUAUUUGUAAGUGUAAAAGAUUUGAGUGUUAUGUUUUAUUGUUUAUUACAGCAGUUUCAAAUUGUAAAAAGUUAUUAUAAUUAUUUAUUAUA